AUGAAAAGACGUGUGGCAUUGGAUCCUAAACUGAUAGAAUCUGAGAGAAUUGCGUGCAACAUAGCCAUUGAGCCGUUCAAGAAUGAGAUCUUGCAGUACCUGCAGGAUCUGGAACAGACCCCGACGUCGCUGUUGAAUCCCGUGAUGAUUGACAACCAGCCGGAGAUUCGGUGGGAAAUGAGACCGUAUUUGAUCGACUUCCUGAUUGAAUUGCAUCUUAUCUUCAGGCUUUCGCAAGAGACGUUGUUUCUGGCGUGUUUUAUCGCGGAUAAAUAUUGCAGCAGGAAGAUCGUUUACAAGAGACAUUAUCAGCUGUUAGUCACAGCAUCGCUUUGGAUCGCUGCUAAAUACCAUGAAAAGAAGACGAGAGUGCCAACAUUGAAGGAAUUAUGUCAUCUGUGCAAUCAAAGUUAUGAUCCUGCGAUGAUUCUGCAAAUGCAGAGACAUAUACUUAUAACUUUGGAAUGGUCAGUGGGAAGCUCGGUGUCGACAUUCGAUAUGGUCCAAUGCCUCAUGUCAAGUUCAUCGGACCGUACCAUCCCCGAGGACUCAAAUUUCACCGGCCUGAGCUACUUUCUGGCUGAUUUGACCCUGUAUCAGCGGGACUUCAUGUUGUAUUCUUCUUCAACGAAAGCAAUAACUGCGAUUCUGCUGGCUUCACGGAUUUUGAACGUGGGCAGAUUUCCGGAAAUCUUGGGGCAACUGAUGAUCAACUCGUCGCAUGACAACGAUGGCUGUUUUCACAUUAUGACUGAUCCUACCGCUAAUGAUAUCUCUUUGUCUCCAAGCAAACAAUCUAUCGAUGAUAUUAGGGCUUGUCUUCAACUAUAUCUCAAUGAUAUUUUUGGCUAUAAGAUGUUGAAUGCUAAGGAAUCCAUAUCAAACACAUUGUUGAGGAAGUACAAACAUUUGCCAAUUCAAAAUUGGUUGAGCGAUUACAGAUCGAAAACUCUGCAGCUCUACACUCAAAUAUCAUCCUUUACUGGCUCUCUUAAAUUCACAAACUUGAUUCCCUACACAGCUUCCGGAAGCUCACUUCUAAAAGAGUAUGUGCGUUCAUGUCUAGAUGAGAUUGCUGGUUUCAAGAACAUUUCCAAGACUGAUUCUGAUCAGCACGACUCGCCGCCCUCUGAGAGCCAAGUGAAUGUCUCUCCGGCUACUCCAUCGUCUUCUUUUUCUUCGAUUGAUCUCAGUAUGUCAACUCGCUGGGGUCUUCCAACUCCAACAUCAUCAAGGUCUUCUUUUACGCAGUUCAGCGAGCAUAUUCCCAACAUGAGCUUUACACCCGGUCAUGUAAAACCUUGCACCGUGUGUCCAAUAACUCCAGCAUCCGCAAGCUCGCUCUUCAGUACCGCUCCAAGACUGAGCAUCACGAGCAGGUCAAGUAGUUUCAGCUCCCUUCCUGGUGUAGCAACAUCAAGCCACAAUAUUCCAAAGGAUUCAUGCCCUAAGGGCCCGCCAGUGAACUUCAAAAGAUCCGUGUCCACACAGGAUGCUGUGCCAAGCAUUUAUGAAUUUACAAUUACAUAG